AUGAAUGAAGUCACAAAUUCAUCUACAUCUUCUUCUUAUUCAUCAUCAAUAAAGCUGUAUUAUCCAGAUUCUUUGUCUUAUGAAGGUCGAAUUAAUCAAUUGGGUGGCAUAUUUAUCAAUGGACGUCCAUUGCCAAAUCAUCUUCGUAUGACAAUUAUUGAUAUGGCUGCUCAAGGUAUUCGACCGUGUGUUAUUAGUCGACAGUUACGUGUUUCACAUGGAUGUGUAUCAAAAAUUUUAUCACGUUAUGCUGAAACAGGUUCUAUUGAACCCGGUUCAAUUACUAAUAGUUCAAAAUCCAAAAAUAUUCCAACUGAUAUUCAACAAAAAAUCAAUGAAUAUAAAAAUCAAUAUCCAAAUAGUCCAACAUUUAUUUUAGAAAUACGUGAACGUUUAGUUCGUGAUGGUAUUUGUAAACCAACAGCAUUACCAAGUUUAAAUACAUUAACAAAAUUAUUGAAUGAUGAUAAUCAUGAUGAAGAAUCAAAUGAUGAAAAAAAACCACAUAUAAAUAAAACAAUAAAAAAUCGUCGAUAUCGAAGUAGUUUUGAUCAAGAUCAAAUUGAAAAACUGGAGCAAGUUUUUCAAGAAACACAUUAUCCUGAUGUUCAAAAAAGAGAAAAAUUAUCAAAACGUACAGGAUUAACUGAAGCACGUGUUCAGGUAUGGUUUUCAAAUCGUCGUGCUCGUUGGCGAAAAAUAACUUCUGCUCAACAACAACAACAUCAACAAAUACCAGCUAGUACUAAUUCAUUAGUAUUUCCUAAUGGAUCUAUGGAAACAAGUAGUGUGACUAUUCCAGAACCAGUCACAUCAUCGUCUUGCUUUUAUUUUACUCCGUACUGUUUACCUAAUAUUGAAAAAUCGUCAUCAACAACAGAUUCAAUAUUUCGUCCAUUCAAUGAAUAUACGAGUAGUACGAAUACAAAUAAUUCUACUAAUUUAUUUCUGAACCAACAAUCACCAUUUUAUGCCCGGUAUAAUAAUGAUUACGAACAAAUCUAUCGACCAACAGUAACAUUUCCAUAUACAUCGUCAAAUGUAUCUGGAUCAAUUUUUUCAUCAUCAACUUCAACUGCAUCAUCAUCGUUUUAUACACCAAAUAUAUUUGAUGUUCAUAAUGUUUAUCUAUAA